CAGUCAGUUGUCCGGACUGGAGGAGGAAGGAGAGAGAGAGAGAGAGAGAGAGAGAGAGAGAGACGAAGCGAAACGAGAUCGAAGAUGUUGCGAUGGAAGCGACUGAGCUCUACGGCACCGGAAAUUCUCAGUCGUCGACUCUUGCUCACGCUCGAAGGUAUUAGUCCCUUCUCUCUCAUCCCUUCGCACCAUCCAUCACGAAGGACGUCGAAUCGCUUUCUCGAUAUUUACCAGAUUGGAAACAAAGCUGCAAUCGAGAAAGAGCGUGCUCGGCUUGCAGAUGAGAUGAAUCGAGGUUACUUUGCUGACAUCUCUGAGAUGAAGCAACACGGUGGUAAGAUUGCAGCAGCCAACAAGAUUAUAAUCCCGGCAAUGGCAGCUGUGAAAUUUCCAGGACUAGAAGUAAAUUUUACAGAUGGUACAGCUCUUAAGCUGCCCAUUACAUCCAAUGGCAAUGAUGUCGAUGCUUGCAAGUCCAGUGUCCCGAAGGCAACCUUACUAUGUCUUUCUUUCCGAGCUAGUUCUCAGGCAAUGGUGGAUUCUUGGAGCGUGCCUUUUGGUGAGGCUUUCAAUAACUCGGAGAAAGUUCAGAUAUAUGAGGUCUCGUUUAUAGACUCUUGGCUACUAUCGCGCAAUCCAAUUAAGUGGCUGCUCCUUCGGGUGAUGAGGAAAUCUAAACCUGAUGGAAGGAUGGCUAUGCUCCAGAGACAGAUUGUUUAUUCGUUUGGAGACCAUUAUUACUUCAGGAAAGAGAUUAAAAUAUUGAACCUUCUCACUGGGUAUAUAUUCUUGCUUGAUAGUUUUGGGAGAAUACGGUGGCAAGGUUUUGGUUUGGCAAAACAAGAGGAACUAUCGUCGCUGUUGUCUUGCACAUCACUCCUAUUGGAAGAGAAAUAAUUGAAAUGAGGGGCCAAAGGAAGGGUAUGGUUUUGGAGUGUGAAAUUCUUUUUUAUACUGUGUUUUGUACUGCUGAUGUUUUUUUUCGAGGAAUUUAGUUAUGGUAUGUGUAAUUGAUAUGGUUGAUAGAUGUCAAUUAGUUGGUUCCAUAAGCAUGAAUUUUGUUGGAAACAAAUAUAUACACCAAAAGUUAUGGUGUUUAACCCAAAUAUAAAACAUGUCAGCUUGUCUUGUUA